AGCACACAGAGCGAGUGGUGUCAGCUCAGCAGCGGCUCCGGUAGAGGGUGGACUCCAGUGGGAUACGCGUUGGGCUGUGUUAUAUCAUUCGGCUUUCCGGAAUACUUUCAUUUUCCUCUCAGAAGAUAUGAGACGAGUUGUACGGCAGAGCAAAUUCCGUCACGUCUUUGGCCAGGCGGCGAAGAAUGACCAAUGCUACGAUGAUAUCCGGGUGUCCAGGGUCACAUGGGACAGUGCCCUCUGUACAGUCAACCCCAAGUUUGUUGCCCUAAUUGUUGAUGCGAGUGGUGGUGGAGCUUUCCUUGUCCUCCCUCUUCAUAAGACGGGACGCAUUGACAAAUCCUACCCCACAGUGUGUGGACACACAGGCCCGGUGUUAGACAUUGACUGGUGCCCCCACAAUGAUCAGGUCAUCGCCAGCGGCUCUGAGGACUGCACAGUGAUGGUGUGGCAGAUUCCUGAGAAUGGCCUUGUCACUGCCAUGUCUGAGCCAGUAGUGGUACUGGAGGGCCACUCCAAGCGCGUUGGCAUCAUCACUUGGCACCCAACAGCACGUAAUGUCCUUCUUAGUGCAGGUUGUGACAACCAGAUCAUCAUCUGGAAUGUGGGCACAGGUGAGGCUAUGAUCACCCUGGAGGACAUGCAUCCUGAUGUCAUUUACAGCGUGUGCUGGAACCGCAACGGUAACCUUAUCAGCACUUCCUGCAAGGACAAGGCUGUCCGUGUCAUUGACCCCCGCAAGGAGACGAUUGUUGCUGAGAAGGAGAAGGCACACGAGGGCGCUCGACCCAUGAGGGCUAUUUUCCUUUCUGAUGGCAACCUCCUCACCACAGGUUUCAGUCGCAUGAGUGAGAGACAGUUAGCCCUCUGGAACACGCAAAACAUGGAGGAGCCCAUGACUGUUCAUGAGCUGGACACCAGCAACGGUGUGCUCUUGCCCUUCUAUGACCCAGACACCAACGUUGUUUACCUCUGUGGGAAGGGAGACAGCAGCAUCCGUUACUUUGAAAUCACAGAUGAGGCUCCAUAUGUUCACUUCCUCAACAUCUUCGCCACCAAGGAGCCCCAAAGGGGAAUGGGCUACAUGCCCAAGAGGGGCCUCGAUGUCAAUAAGUGCGAAAUUGCAAGGUUCUAUAAACUGCACGAAAGGAAGUGUGAGCCUAUCGUGAUGACUGUACCUAGAAAGUCGGACCUGUUCCAGGAUGACUUGUACCCAGACACAGCUGGACCCGACCCUGCCCUGGAGGCUGAGGAGUGGUUUGAAGGCAAGAAUGGAGACCCCAUCCUCAUCUCCCUCAAGAACGGCUACGUGCCGGGCAAGAAUCGUGAAUUCAAGGUGAUCAAAAAGAACAUUUUGGACAGCAAGGUGACCAAGAACUCAGAGAACUCAAGCCCUGCCAACAAGUCUGCCUCCCCAACUCCAUCGAUUAAAUCUGAAGCCAAGCUGGAGGAGAUCUUGAAAGAAAUCAAAUCCCUCAAGGACCUGGUCAGCAGUCAGGAGAAGCGAAUCAUCAAACUUGAAGAGCAAAUGUCCAAAGUUGCCAUUUAGGGACCCUUUACCCAACCCGCUACAAUUCAGGACGUUCCAUUGGCUCGGGGGAGGGCGGGACCAGUCACUGCCUAUUUCGAUGACAGUGUUUCGUCUGAGGCCUGCCUAGCAACGAUCCCUAGCAACAUUCCAGAUGAACUUUUUCUUAGCCAGCCCCCGACCCUCACUUUAACACAGGUGGAAUAAGGACGUGUGGCAAAUUUAGCAGAAAAUACUCUUGCUUUUUGGUGACAAGGGACUCUGUUCCUUUUAUUGUGUGGCAGUCAUUUUUUAUUUUGUCUACUUGCAUCAAAAAUGUCUUACAUAUUCUUUUGCAUUUUAGAAAUAUGACCAAGAAAAUUCCAGUGCCGAUGAUCCCAUUCGUCAUUGAUUAUCCAAAUAUUUUUUUAAGUAGGUAUCAGUGUUUCAUGUUACCAUACCCCAAAAUUAUAAUGUUGCCAAAUCUGACUUUUUGUUUACACGUCCUUAACAGUAUUUCUCUCUUUGUGGGGAAGAUUCAAAAUGAGAGAAGCUCAGUGCGGUAGACUGGUUACGUCAGCAGGAGGAGAAUUUCAUCAAUAAUUUACCAUGAAAAUGAAAUCAUUUAAAUAAAUUAGAUAGCUGUGCGAGGAAGAUUGACAUCUCAAACUGUAAUUAGGAGGAAAUAAAUUCUGAUUGAAGACACAUUUCGCUGCCACAGUCUACACCAAGCCCACAGACUGCUGUCUGUUGAACUGCACUAAUUAACACCUGCUUCCUGUCAUUUCUUCUCAUUCCUGCUGCUUCCCAUCAUUCUGACUGUGGACAAUAGUCCACGUAAACAUGCAUUCCUUCCUAUUUUGCUUCAUUAACAUGCACUGUGUGCUCAUUUGAGAAAAUGGCGAACACAUUCCACAGAUCUCAUCGGCAGUUUUUGAUGCAGUGGGAAAACACGUCUAUAAAGUUCCUCUCUCUGUAAACACUCUACUGUAGUGACUCAGUUACACUGGUUGGUUGUUGUCGUGACAUUUUUGUGCUGCCCGUGAAAAGACCAACUUUGUGGAUUUUCGACCUCAGCUCUGCUUUGUUUUUGUGAGAGGUUCAGUCACCGACCUCAGUGUUAGGGUAUCCACGGGUUUUGCUCAACACACAAGUGCAGUCAAGUGGAGUGGGAUUAUUUUUUGUCACUGUCCGUUUGCAUUGUGCGUCAUUGCAGAUCUGUGUUUUCUGUACAAACAAUACAGGAUUAGAAACGAAAUGACACCAAGUAAUCACACAUGGACUUGACUAUUCUGAACCAUCUGGUGAUCAAACUGGAGACUGCUACAGAAACUGAACAUGAUAGACCUCAAAGGACUAGAUAGUGUGUGAAUAUGUGCCUCAUGUCUUUGGUCUUUUGGGUAUCUGUCACUAUGGAUGUUCCUACUUUGUUUCCUAUUGGGGGAGGGCGGUUAGGAAAUCGACUCACAGUAGAACCUCCAAGACUUGCCUCUAACUUGGAUUAAUUAGUUGAGUUAUUGCUUCACUGUUAAUUUUAGCCUGUUUCUUGUUCCAGCUGUGCUUAUAUCCCUCUUAGCACUUCCACGUAUUGUUUUUUUUUUUUUUUAAGGUUAUUUCUCAGUUGCCCCUAUUCAGUAUACCAAAUCAAGGAUUCAUCGAAUUGUCCAGUCUGAGCUGUUUUGACCGGAGGGCGUUGAUAAAAGCUCCUCCUGAUGUUUUAGAUUUGUUUCCCAGUGGGAAGCUGAGACGGGUAAUGGUUCAGUCUGUUGUUUGCCUUCAAUAUUUGUUACCACUGUAAAGACCUGAAAGUGCCAUGGAGGUGACCACGGAAGUGUUUAUAGGGGACUGUUCUGUGAGUAGAUUUGUGUAGUAAAUGGAAAAGUUGAUAGUUGCCCAGAUUUAAAACCACUCUGAGGUGCUAUACUGUAUUCGAAGGACCCUGUUCCUAAAGUGCUGUAUGUCAGCCCCCUGGAUGACACCCUGAAGUCCUGCUCGUCCAUCCCACAGCACACCUGGCAGCAUUACUGCUCGGGGCGGGGGGUUGAUGGAAGCAUUGCAACCCUGACAUUUUGACACCUUCCACCUCGGUACGGGUAUUCAAAACAUCUUCAAAAAUGAUGUCAAACCGAGAAGCUGUUGGCUGAACGCGCAGCCUUUUCAGCCAUCGUGGCUUCAAGAUGCAAUCUGAGCAGCGAGUCGUAGAAUAUUAGUGAGAGGAAAUCUACAGAGUGCUACAGAAAUGUGGGUCUGACGCAAAUAUUACUGCCCUAUCUUGUAUAUCAGACUGGCACUCUAUGGAUUCUUUAUAGCGCCACUGGCUUUUGAGGUAGAGAAUAGCGAUCCAAAGGGACACUGUAGGUUGGAGAAAUGUGAAGUUGAAAGAUAGAUGUAUGUUUGUAAUUAAGGUCUAGAAAAUGAGUGAGAGCUGUGUAAAUAACAUGACCAUAUUUUCUGUGAUUUUUUUUUUGUAUUUCAUUUUUUUUGUUGUUUUGUGGUUGUGCUGAAGAGGGUAUUUGUGUGGGAGGUGGGUUUUAAAUGUUCCCCCAUGUCUGUGUUCCCUGCACCUUGCCAUAAUGCAUCAUGAGAAAAGCAGAACCUCUGUUAUGUUGGAGGUCGUAUGAAUAUCAAGAAAGAAAUCAGACGACAACGAACCAGGAUGAAGCCUCAUGUGGAGGUCUGCUCAGCAUUUUUGUUCAUUAUUCUUGCUUCAAGUAUCAAACAUUGAUUAUAAGAAAAAUUAAUAAAGAAUUUUUAAAAUGG